GUUCUCAAGCUUCAUUAGGGCCCGAGACUGGCGUUCACUGCCGCUAGCUCGCUUGUGUUUGAAACUCAUGUAUGCAGGCUCCCUGAGUUACCGUAUUAUCACCCUUGGCACGGAUCUUCAGUUUCUGCUCCCUGCCGAGAUGGGGCAGUUGUUAUCUUACCUCAAUGACACAGCAGACUUCGUGGAAAAGUCUCGAGAGGCCCUGCGUCGGUGUCCCCGUGGCCAUUCCCGUCGAUCCGCGCGUCUCCAUGAUCUUGCCAUAGACCUUCACGACCGAUUCGAGGACCUGGGCUCGCUGUCUGAUUUGGAUGAAGCCAUUGAGCUUUAUCGCGCGGUACUGGAGCUCCGUCCUCCCAGUCAUUCUCUUCGAUCCGAGUCUCUCAGCGAUCUUGCCGACAGUCUUGCAGACAGAUUCGAGCACCAGGGCUCUCUGUCUGACUUGGAUGAGGCCAUUGCGCUUUAUCGCGCCAUGCUGGAGCUCCGUCUCCCCAGACAUUCGCUUGGAUCUGAGGCUCUCAACAAUCUUGCGACCAGCCUUGCAGACAGAUUCGAGCACAUGGGCUCUCUGUCUGACUUGGAUGAGGCCAUUGAGCUUUAUCGCACCAUGCUGGAGCUCUGUCCCCCAAGUCAUUCGCUUCGAUCUAUGUCUCUCGAUAAUCUUGCGACCUGCCUUGCAGACAGAUUCAAGCAGCGGAGCAUCCAAUCCGACCUCAACGAGGCAAUUGAGCUGUAUCAGGCUGCACUACUCCUCCGUCCCCCCGGUCAUCCUGAUCGAUCCAUGUCCCUCAACAAUCUUGCCACUAGCCUUUCAGACAGGUUCAAACAGCAGGGCAUCCAAUCUGACCUCGAUGAGGUCAUUGAGCUGCAUCGAGCUGCACUACUCCUCCGUCCCCUUGAUCAUUCUGAUCGAUCCAUGUCUCUCGAUAAUCUUGCCACCAACCUUGCAGACAGAUUCCAGCAGCGGGGCGUCCCAUCCGACCUUGAUGAGGCCAUUGAGCUGCAUCGGGCUGGGCUACUCCUCCGCCCUCCCGGUCAUCCUGAUCGGUCCACAUCUCUCAACAAUCUUGCCACCAGCCUAGCAGACCGAUUCGAGCAGCGGGGCGCCCCGACCGACCUCGACGAGGCCAUUGAGAUGUAUUGGGCUGCACUACUCCUCCGUCCCCCUGGUCAUUUUGAUCGAUCCAUGUCCCUCGACAAUCUUGCCACCAGCCUUGCAGACAGAUUCCAACAACGGGGUGUGCCGACUGACCUUGAUGAGGCUAUUGAUCUCCAUCGGGAUGCACUAUGCCUUCGUCCUCCCGGUCAUUUUGAUCGACCCAUGUCUCUCGACAAUCUUGCCACCAGCCUUCGAGACAGAUUCGAGCAGCGUGGCAUCCAAUCCGACCUUGAUGAAACCAUUGAGCUGCAUCGGGCCGCACUACUCCUCCGUCCCCUCGGUCAUCCUGAUCGCUCCGUGUCUCUCAACAAUCUUGCCACCAGUCUUGCAUAUAGAUUCCAGCAGCGAGGUAUGCCGACUGACCUUGAUGAGAGCAUUGAGCUCUGUCGGGCUGCACUAUCCCUCUGUCCCCCCGGUCAUUCUGGUCGAUCCAUGUCUCUUGACAGUCUUGCUAGCAGACUUACAGACAGAUUCGGGCAGCGGGGUAUCCCAUCUGACCUAGAUGAGGCCAUCGAGCUGCAUCGAGCUGCACUACUCCUGUGUCCCCCCAGUCAUGCUCAUCGGUCCAUGUCUCUCAACAAUCUUGCCACCAGCUUGGCAGACAGAUUCGAGCAGCGGGGCGCCCCGACUGACCUCGACGAGGCCAUUGAGCUGUAUCGGGCUGCACUACUCCUCCGUCCCCCCGGUCAUUCUGAUCGAUCCAUGUCCCUCAACAAUCUUGCCACUAGCCUUGCAGACAGAUUCAAGCAGCAGGAUGACCCAUCUGACCUUGAUGAAGCUAUUGAGCUGCAUCGAGCUGCACUACUCCUCCGUCCCCCCGGUCAUUUUGAUCGAUCUAUGUCUCUCAACGAUCUUGCAACUAGCCUCGCAGAUAGAUUCGAGCAACGCAGUGUCCCGACCGACCUCGAUGAGGCCAUUGAGUUGCAUCGGGCUGCACUACUCCUCCGUCCCCCCGGGCAUUCUGAUCGACCCAUGUCUCUCGAUAAUCUUGCUACUAGCCUCGCGGACAGAUUCCAACAGCGAGGAGUCCCGUCUGACGUAGAUGAGGCAUUUAGCCUGUACUUCCAACUUUCCCACCUAUCACAUGCAGCCUCUCGUGGAGAUCUUAGUGCUGCCAAGUCAUGGGUGGCCUCUGCCGAAGAACUGAUGCAUGGCUCUGCAUUGAUUGCUUAUCAGACUGCAUUGAAAUUUCUUCAUCAGCAUGUUGCUCUUUUGUCGUCUUCUUUGCGCCAUUUCAAUGUUGUCAAGGAGGCCACUUCUUCCCUCGCCAUGGAUGCUUUCUCGUGCAGUGUUCAUCAUGGUGCGUUGACGACAGCUGUGGAACUGGUGGAGCAAGGCCGUGCAGUAUUUUGGACCCAGUUGGCACGCUUCCGCACACCGCUCGAUGAACUUGCCGUCUCAGAUGACACUGGCGCAGCCUUGGCGGAAGAGUUCAAGCGACUUAGCUUUCGCCUCCGUAACGCGUUUGAUCAGUCUACUGAAGAUCAGUCCGCGCAAAUCCGGCAACUGACGAUGCAAUGGGAUGAUGUCGUCUCACGCAUCCGUAUGCUCCCCGACUUUUCUCGGUUUCUCCUGCCGCCACUGUUUUCAGACCUUCAGAAAGCGGCUGAUGAUGGUCCAGUCAUUAUUGUCAAUGCUAGUCAGUACAGCUGUGACGCCUUGAUUAUACUGAGCGCACAAGAUCCUGUCCACGUUCCACUUGACAUCCCGUGGGCUGAAGUCUCCGAGUUGUCCUCCGAAUUUCAAUCCCUCACAGAGCAAUUUGGUUCCUCUGAUCGUCAACACAAGCUUGUCAGUAUCCUCCGCAAGCUUUGGGAAUAUAUUGUUGAGCCCGUGGUCCAAGCUCUUAAGGAGUCAAGAAUUCCCCCUGGCUCGCGUAUCUGGUGGUGUCCGACUGCUGAGUUCACGCUACUUCCUCUACAUGCAGCAGGACUUUACGAGAAGAAGAGACACAAUUUAUCUCACAUUUAUGUCUCCUCUUACACCCCGACUCUGGCAGCUCUCAUUCGUGCGAGACAGCAGGUUUCCCGCGAUGUGUCCCCUCAACAUUUUGUCGCCAUUGGUCAAGCAGACCUGGGAAGAGGGAAGGAACUCCGAUGUGUUGCUCCAGAGCUAGCCAUCGUCGCUCGGCACGUCGCGCCCGUCGUCUCUUUCACAUCCCUUGCGGACAGCCAUGCAACGGUUCAGGGAGCAUUGAAUGCAUUGAGCCGGAAUCAAUGGCUUCACCUGGCCUGUCACGGAAUGCCGAAUCAACAAGAAGCAUUCGAGUCUUCUUUUGCGAUGCGCGAUGGACCUUUGAUGAUCAAGGACAUCGUCCGGUCUGACUGGCUGAAUCCACAAUUCGCAUUCUUAUCCGCCUGCCACACUACUGUGGGCGAUGAGCAGAGUCCUGAUGAGUCCAUCCAUCUCGCUGCGGCUAUGCAAUUCUCCGGAUUUUGCAGCGUGAUUGGUUCGAUGUGGUCUGUCGACGACGAGGUUGCACGGCAGAUGGCGUCUGCCUUUUACAGCAACCUGGUUGACGGUUCAGGGAGAUUGGACUGCACACGCGCUGCAGUAGCGUUGCACAAGGCUGUGAAGACAUUGCGGGGAGAGAAGGUUCCACUGGAACAGCAGAUUGUAUUCAUUCAUAUUGGUGUCUAGUUUGAGACUCGAUGGUCAGCACGCUGCUCCAAGCCUCGCACUCUACCAUGCUCAAUUCCCGUUCAUGUCGCUCAUGUUUAAGUUUAUUAUAAGGAUGUUUCAUCUCUGGAUGAUAGUAUAAAUAUCACGAUCUAUAAUCCAUCGAUUCAACAACGGGGAUUUUUACAGAAGACACUACAAGAGUACGAUACAAACGCAGGGUCGACUACAUAGCGCAUGCAUACAGUAAAUCAUAGUACCAAUCAUCCGCAUUGUUAAAGCCCUCGAGACGGCUGUGGAGAAUGCGGAAAGUCGAAGUCCAUGAGACUAGGAAGUCGUCAGUAUACGUGGCCUGGCCACGGCUGAAA